AUGGUACCACUUCGUCAGGCCACUUCAGCCGCUUUGAAAAAGGCAUUUCGUGAAAGGAUCGCCAAUCCUCCCACCCUCGUGAGCGAUAAUGGCACCCAGUUCACUAGAAAGGUUUUCAAAAACUUUUGCAAAACGUCCGCAAUUACACUCCAGCAUACCGCCCCAUAUUCUCCACAGCAGAAUCCUACCGAGCGGGCAAAUCGAACCAUCAAGACUAUGAUCGCACAAUACCUCGUCAACGACACCACCGGAUUCAGUGCAGCUUACAUCAUAUUAGGUCGGGAACCCCGUAUGCCCGGCGCUCUUUAUGACCAAGUAACGGAUGUAUCCGGUAACGAACCCCCUAGCCCCGACGAGCGCUUCCGAAGAAUGGAAGAUAUUUUCAAGCUUGUACAUGAGAAUCAACUUAACGCUACCCAGAAUCAAAAGAAAUACUGUGACCUGAGACGACGCGACUGGCGUCCAAGCAUCGGGAGCAUGGUCAUGCUCAAGCAACAUGUGCUGUCUAAUGCCAAUGAAGGAUUCAACGCCAAACUGGCGCCUUCUUUCCAGCAAUGUCGUUAG